AUGUCGCUGGCAAAGAGAAACAACGGCUGUCUCGAGUGCCGCACGCGCCGAGUGCGUUGCGAUAAGACAGAGCCCGAAUGCUUCAAGUGCUGCAAAAAGGGGAUCAAGUGUUCCGGCCAAGGGAUCGAGUGUCGGUUCAGCUCUCACAUGAAGAAUGCUGCACCACGAGCGCCAAAUCGUUACCGAUGGGUCACUGUAACCAGCAAGCAACCGGGAUCCUCGCCAGAUGCGGCGAGGCUGUCUUCUCACCGGAGUUCCACCUCUCCACCAAAGACCUUGGAUGAGCGGCCCAUCGUUGGGCCUGUGCGCCCAAAUAGACCUACAUCUGAUACACCUUCUCCAGAUGGGAGUUUGGACGACGAUGUGGAAGAGCUUGGACCGAGAGAAAUGCAACUUAGUCCACCGCAACGUGCUAUCCAAGUUGUCUCCCCCCAAUCCAGACUGUUCUUUAACCACUUUUCGGAAUUCAUUGCGCCGAAAAUGGUUGUAUUUGACUUUAACGGCAAUGGCUAUCGCGACAUCCUCCUACCUCUCGCCUGUGAAGACGAACUUGUCGGACAGGCCAUCUCCGUGAUCGCGGCCUUUCAUCUGUCGCAAAGGGCGCCGCAUAUGCGAAUGGCGGCGGAGGUAGGCCAGCACGCCAUAUUAUCGAAACUGUUUCGCGACUCGCUCCAGCUAGAGCCAAAAAGAUUGUUUAGUCUAUCAACAUGGGCUACUAUCCUUGUGUUGCUAGUGGGGGAAACAAUCACGGGUGCCAACAAUUAUGUGCAUCUCCUCGAGAUUCUCUCAAACUUGGCACAAUCAUCCGAUUCUGUGCAGUCUUUGUCGAUAACUACAAGGGGUUUUAUCAGAGAACAAACACGCAUGUUCGAACUAUUUGGGUUUCCGCUAUCCAGCGAGUCCAAAGGCCUGCAAACAUUGUCGAAGCGCCCCGACUACUAUUUAGACUUCAUGUCUUCGUAUCCAUCGCUCAGCCAAGACCCUGAGCAGUACGCCAACGUCGCUACAAUGAAGGAGGCUAUCCGGCAAGCCUGCGAUUUAUAUCGUAAUCGUGCUCUGCACCUCAUAUCAAGAGAAGAAUCUAUCCAAUCAGUAGAGCGGCUUCGAGAGACAGUUCUCGACCUUGAUCCAAGCGUCGAUGGUUGCCAUGCUCUAGUCUGGACGUAUUUUGUGGCCGCCGCGGAAAGUAUUUUGCCAGAACACCGAGCCUUCUUUUCUCACCGACUACAAAGCCUCUACAGCUGCACAGAGUUUGGCACUAUUCCCAUCGCAGUCCAAAGCCUUGAACAUAUAUGGGCAAACCAGGGCUCUCAAAGAUGGACCGAAGUAGUCACUCGACAACGUCCAAUAUUAAUCAUGUGA